GUUUUUUUAUACUUUACAUAUCUAAGACCUCCAUUUGAAAUCAACGGCAACUGAUGGUUGAUUGACAUCUUGAAAAAUGUAGGAUUUCUUGUUCGAAAAAAUCUCUGACAAAGAAAUUGUCAAAUUGUGUUAAAAUUGAAAACCUGGGUUCAAUCGUUGUUCAGAACUUCAAGAUUUCACCAUGAAUAAAUCAUAUUCAGAACCUAACUACCAAACCUUCGCAGCCACACUUAAAUCUUUUGCUGCAAAAUCCAACAUCAAAUUGGGAAAAUGUCUUCACAGCUCUGUAAUCAAACUGGGUUUACAAUCUUGUGUCAUCGUCUCCAAAUCACUGCUUAAUAUGUAUGCAAAAUGUAAGGCUCUUGACGAUUGCCAUAUCCUUUUUAACCAGAUAACCCAUCCGGAUGCUGUCACCUGGAACAUUAUGCUGUCUGGUUUAGCAGGCACUCGGGUUCAUGAUAUUGAGGUGAUGAAGUUGUACAAAACUAUGAAUUUGGUACAGCAUUUUAAGCCGAGUUCAGUUACGGUUGCUAUUGUUCUUCCUGUUUGUGUAAGGUUAAAGGGUUUGCGCUUAGGGAAGAGUAUUCAUUCGUACGUGAUAAAGUCAGGACUAGAGUCGCAAACCCUUGUUGGAAAUGCUCUUAUUUCUCUCUAUUUUAAGCUGGGGUGUGUUUCAGGUGAUGCAUACCAAGUGUUUGAUGAAGUGUCUGAAAGAGACGUUGUAUCUUGGAACGCCAUGGUUGCAGGGUUGGUGGAGAAUGGAUUGUUUCUUGAAGCUUUUUCAAUGUUUAGACAGAUGAUAGUGGAAGGAACAUCGCCUAAUUACGCUACAAUAGCCAACAUACUCCCUGUUUCUACAUACCAUUUUGGGAAAGAGAUCCAUUGUUACACAAUACGAAGGGAAGAACUCUUUCUUGACAUUUCUGUUGCGAAUUCUCUUCUGGGUUUCUACUCAAAGAUCCGACAAAUGAAGGAAGCAGAGUCUCUCUUCAAAAGAAUGCAUUCAAAAGAUUUGGUUUCUUGGAAUUCCAUGAUUGCAGGUUACACCUCAAAUGAAUUUGAAGUUUGGGAAACAAAUCCAUGGCUAUAUAAUCCGUCAUUUUAA